AUCAGUUCAACCCUCAUCUUUUGGAUAGUAAGAUUCGAUGGUUUUUAAUUGCUCCAAUACCAAAACUACACUCGUACACCGCAUGCAUGAAACUCAUAUCAGUUGCUAGGAAAUUAUUUAAAGUUCGAAAUGACGAUAUGGAUACAGAGCAGAAUAACCCGGUGGCCGUUCAGAGUUUGCCUGGUUCUCUUUGCAGCUUCCUUCGCACAAUGCUCGUCAGCUGAUGACGAAUGGAAAUCCUGCAUAUACAAUGGCAAGGAAUCCUUCUUCAGACCGGAUGACGAAGCAUGUUGUCAGGGGAACAUCUUGCCAAGAGCUGAAAACCUGGAGGAGGCAUGCUGUAACGGACAGCUCUUUGACUCCACCACUGGCAAAUGUUGUGGGGACCACACUUGGAUCAACCAUGACACCCAGCUCUGUUGCGGACACGAAGUGCAUGCAAUCAGUGAGCAUGGAGAAUGCUGUAACCAUCAGUGGAUAGAAACAACCACUCAUACCUGCUGCGCUGGGCGCGUUGUAGAGGGCGUGGGAGAGUGCUGCGGGUACAGCGACGUCUACAAUGACAUGACGGAGCACUGCUGUCUGGGGCCUGGCUCCGCAGGCCACGUGGCCGCGGUCGGCAGGGAAGCUGUCGUCAGCGGUUUUCUGGAGUGUUGCGGCUUGGAGACCAUCGACACCAGGAACAAACUCUGCUGUCUAGAUAAUCCAACUGACCGGAAGUCUUCCUUCACCGAGUGUUGUGGAGCAGACACCUAUGACACCCGGACUCAGGUCUGCUGCGAGUCCGGCAUCGAGUAUCGCAUCAGCCCGCUGGUAGACGGCAAAGUCGAAUGCUGUGGACUGGUAACUUACAAUGAGGACACCGACCAGUGCUGUGAAUCGGUCAUCACUCCCAACAUAGGUGUCGGUAAGUGCUGUGGUGCUGAGGCCUACAACCCCCUGCGGUCCUCCUGCUGUGACUCCGUGUCGCUGUCUAUCCCCGAGAUACCAGGCGUUCAGGCUUGUUGCAGUGGAGUAUCCUACCUGAAAACCCAGCAAGUCUGCUGUGGGAAUGCUCUCCACGAUCUGGAACCAGGAAAGGAAUGCUGCGGCAACAGCCUGUACGACGUGACAAACCAACUAUGCUGCAAGGGCAACAUCAUGGAGAAAGCUGCUCCAACAUCUCAGUGUUGUGGGGGCAGCAACACGUUCGACCCUGAGCAACAAACAUGCUGCGGUUGGCAGGUUUCUGACUUCCCUUAUGGGUCCUGUUGUCGCAUCAGGAGAAACGCGUUUCAGGCCUAUCAGCCGGGAGAAAGCAAGUGCUGCAGCAGAAGUCCGCCUAACAAAUAUUUCCAUAAACGUUUUGCUCUCGGCAGAGUGCAAAGCAUUGAUGCAGAGUGCUGCGGCAUCCAUGCCUUGGCUGAUGGUCAGUUGUGUGAUCCGUGUUCCAAACGGCCCGUGGCCAAUGACUCCUUCACCGACGCCUGCUGUUCUGAGGGGAACAAAAACCCAAAGGCCUACAAUAAAGAAACACAUAUCUGCUAUGAAAAUGAGGUUUACGCCAAGAAACAGUUUCAACUGGGCAGAGCACCCUGUGGAGAUAAAGUCUACACCACAGACACUGAAAUAUGUUGCGAUGGAACCAUCCACCCAAAGAUGUAUCAAGCGAAAAAGCCUCAUCAGCAGAAGUGUUGCGGCACCGAGGCGUACGUCCCAGAUUGGCAUACAUGCGUGGGAAACAGCCAGAAAAAAAACAAAAACUUCCAGAGUUACAGACACCUCCAGGUUAACAAAAAGGUCCCGGAGCACUUUGCUGAGUAUUGCCAAGACAACGUGUUCAACAAUCAAACGGACGUCUGCGAUCGCAGCAAUUGGCACAUCCGGCCCAUUGAGGAAAUGGAGUUGGGCCUGAAGGCCUGCGACAGCUUCAAAGCUGAACGCGGUUACUACCCUUACGAUCCCGCGGAGCAGGAGUGCUGCGGGGGUGUCCUGAUUGGCCCCGGCGAGACCUGCUGUCUCGAAACCCUACGUUUCUCAACCCCAGGGACAGGCAUCGGAGAGGGAAGCUGUUGUGGCUCUGAGGGCUUCAACCCACACACCCACGUUUGCUGCGAUGAGGUGCUGCACCCGAUAACAGUACAAGGCCAAGAGUGUUGCGGACGUGAACUCUUUGAUCCAUCAAGCCCGGCGCCGAUGUGCUGCAACGACACCCUUCUAUCCACCACCGACAUGGCCGAUGGCAAGACAGUGUGCACCGAUGGCGUGGCCCAUCGACCCACGGACACCGUGUGCCAGGGCAGCGUCUACCCCGUGGAGAACGGUGAAUGUUGCGGGCCGGUCCUGAUGGACAGCAGCACGGAGAUUUGCUGCCAGGAAAAAUUUCUGUAUCCAAGGGCUACACAUGGGAAUACGUGCUGUGGACGGGUUGCCUACGACACCCUCGAUGAAUCGAAGAAGUGCUGCAUGGACUCCCUCUUCCACGAUGCGCAGAACUCGGUCUGCUGUCACAGCCGGAUCAUGGACCCAUCGACGGAAACCUGCAGGGCAGUCGGCGACGUCCACUACAGCUUCCCCAAGAACUUCUUCAGGCCUGAGGGGGAGAUCGUCCCUGGACACACUGUUUGUAACGGUCUUGAGUAUCCAUUCUCCGGCGAGUGCUGCGGGAACGAGAUCGUCGGGAGCAGCGAGGUGGGCGCGAUUUGCUGCGGGGGCAGGAAGCAGUUCCACGGGCAUGGGCAGCAGGCAAUGUGCUGCAGCGGGGAGGUGUUUGAUUCCGAGCGGUACACGUGCUGCGGGGAGAAGCCUUUGGAGAAGCACCACCACUGGAUGACUUGCUGCAAUGGAGAACCAAUGGGAAGACGGCAAUGCCGACCGAGGCGUCCACCGGGUGACAACCAGGCCUGCAAUCCCUCCAAGAUGAGUUGCUGCAAUGGCCAGAUCUACAAUGCCCCCAUGAAGUGCUGCAACAGCCAGAUCUACGAUCCAGAGCUGUACAACUGCUCAUCUGACAACGUCUUGCAACCCUUUUGCGGCGGUGCCGCAUACGACAACAGCACCCUCAUCUGUUGCUCGGGUGCGACCUACGAUGCAUCCUCCACGGGGUGCUGCAACGGGGAGCCCUACGUCCUCGGCAAACGCACCUGCUGCGCGGAGAAGCUGUACCGCGUCAAAAACGGAUCCUGCUGUGGCCUGCUGGGCGAUAAAGCCUACAAUCAGGACCGGUAUCUCUGCUGCGAUAACAGCCUCCGGAGAAAGAAGAAGGGACGCUCGCAGUGCUGUGGAAGCAGCGCCUACAACCCAGAGACGGACACCUGCUGCAACCAGAGCCUGACUCGAGGCACUCGGCGGGGGAGCUGCUGCGGCGACAGGGCGUUUGACCCCACCCAAAAGCUCUGCUGCCCAAAGACGGAGGCGUUGUCCAGGCGCAGGGAUGACUCAGAGGACAUCUCGGAGCAGUGUUGUGCACCAGGUUUUCAGUACAACAAAGAUGCAGGCGCCUGUCAACAACAAGAGUGUCGACUAUGCAAGAACCUCAGGUCGACCAAGGGCUGGCAGAGUCACACCAGCAAGCCCACCCUGAUCCGAGGGACAGCUUCCAAUCUGACCAGCACUCCCUCCCACCACGUCCUACACCUGACCGGGGUCAGCCACCUGAAUCACAACAAGCGCCAGUCCAGUCUGGACAGCCGCGAGCUGGAGGUGACCGUCCCGGGGCACUGCCAACGCUGCCCGGGUAAACUCCUUCUAGGCAAAGCCUACGUGGUCAUGAGUGACGCGGAGGUCGUCCUAGAGGGCGCGGACUCGGCAAGCCUCACACUCCGCACCACUGACUUCUUGGCCAGGGCUAGGGACAAGCUGGGAAUGAAGAUCAAGCAUCGGCUAUGCAGGAUGAGCUGAAUUCACUCCCCAAAUCCUCGUGUAUAUCUGUAAAUAAAUUGCUUAUAAUUAAGUUAUUUGUUAAGUUAUUUAU